CAUCUGGCAACCGCGGAGCAGCGCUGGCGCUCAGCAGCAGCGAGAGUCUGGCGCCGUCACUGCUAACCGAAGCUGGCUGUCCUGUCCCGCCUUACGACCGUCUAACCCCCUCGCUUUUAAACGUUACCGAAUGGGGUGCGGAGAGCCUGUCGGUUCGCUGCAGUAGUCGUGUGUGUUGAGUGUCCAGCUCGUGAAUCCAGUGUCCGAAGGGUCAAUCUGCCUCACUGCGGUGCAGCCGCUGCUGGAGUCAAACAGAUCCACAAUGGCGACUCCCAGUCCCAGCACCAAUUCACCAACUAGCGCUGCGGGAUCCGCCUUACACACGCAACACUUAACGACAAUGAGCAACAUGCAGGAUUCCAGCACAUGCUGGAGGUGUCAGAAUGAAACAGGAUUUCAGAUCAAUCUGUCUGGAGUAACCCAAAGCAAACGCAAAGCACUUAAGUUAAACUUUGCGAAUCCACCAGUUAAACCGACCGCACGACUCCCCAUCACAACGGCUAACCCUCCGUUCCAGAAUCCACACAUAGAGCGGCUGCGGACGCACAGCAUCGAGUCCUCAGGGAAGCUGAAGAUUUCUCCAGAGCAACAUUGUGACUUCACGGCCGAGGACCUCAAGGACCUGGGAGAGAUCGGGAGAGGAGCGUACGGAUCCGUGAACAAGAUGGUGCACAAACCCAGCGGACAGAUCAUGGCUGUCAAGCGGAUUCGCUCCACGGUGGAUGAGAAGGAGCAGAAACAGCUUCUGAUGGAUUUAGAUGUAGUGAUGAGGAGCAGCGACUGCCCGUAUAUCGUCCAGUUCUACGGAGCCCUGUUCAGAGAGGGCGACUGCUGGAUCUGUAUGGAACUAAUGUCUACCUCCCUCGACAAAUUCUACAAAUAUGUAUAUUGUUCAGUAGAUGAUGUGAUUCCAGAGGAAAUAUUAGGCAAAAUAACAUUAGCAACUGUGAAAGCACUGAAUCACUUGAAAGAAAACUUGAAAAUAAUCCACAGAGACAUCAAGCCCUCCAACAUUCUCCUGGAUAGAAACGGCAACAUUAAGCUGUGUGAUUUUGGCAUCAGCGGACAGCUGGUCGACUCCAUCGCCAAGACCAGAGAUGCUGGCUGUAGACCGUACAUGGCUCCUGAACGGAUCGACCCCAGCGCCUCCAGACAGGGCUAUGACGUCCGCUCGGAUGUGUGGAGUUUGGGAAUCACGCUGUACGAGCUGGCGACGGGACGCUUCCCGUACCCCAAAUGGAACAGCGUGUUUGAUCAGCUGACACAGGUGGUGAAGGGAGACCCGCCGCAGCUCAGCAACUCCGAGGAGAGACAGUUCUCUCCCAAAUUCAUCCAGUUUGUCAAUCUGUGCCUUACAAAGGAAGAGUCAAAAAGGCCAAAGUACAGAGAACUGCUGAAGCAUCCGUUCAUCCUGAUGUACGAGGAGCGGAUCGUGGACGUGGCCAGUUACGUGUGCAGGAUUCUGGAUGAAAUGCCGGCGUCUCCCGGCUCGCCCAUGUAUGUGGACUGAUGGUGAGCGGCCUGUUGGGAACACAAGACGGUCCGGCCACCAUCUGGUGUACAUACAGCGCCUCACACGAAACACACGGCCCUUCACCAACUCUCAUUUCACUGCAUUUACCGCAGCACAUCCUGCCCUCAACGUUUGAGUGAAACUCUAUUUCAAAGUGCCAUGUUAAAACGCUUCUGUACGCAGUCGGAGAACAAACGUUGGGUGUCGGAUUUGUUCUCGUUUGUGAAAUGCAAGUCCUGGUUAAGGGUCUGAGUAGUUCUGCUAGACAUCGUAAUUGUACUUUUUCACCUCAGUGUGAACACAAAGAGAAAUACUUCCCCAAAAACAUCUUGUGCAAUAUGAAUCGGCUCUCAUUUAAAAGCCAUUUACAUCAUGGUGUGUAAACAAGCUUCAGAUUUAGAAAAUCAACCUUCUGCGUUCAUUGCGUCAUGCUACAUUUGUAUGUGUGUGUAUGUGUGUGUGUGGGGAAUCAUUUGGAAAUAUAAAUAAGCAAAACUUGAGUUUGCUCAUUUAUGACAUGUGAUAAAUGCGCACCAAAAUGAAUCCUAAGAGGAGGAAAAAGCAUCCGUGCUGGUGUUUUUCUUCACACGUGUCACUCUCUCUUUAUUUAAUGAAACAAAGGUGUUGUUCUGCAUCAGUGACGUGUGUUAAAGUAGCUUUACUCGCUCAAUAUGCAAUAUGAUGUCACGAUGAUCCAAAUGGUUUCACUUAUCAACGAGAAUGAUGAAUGCCGGCGCUGCUCGUCACUGUUAAUCUGUAUUUAUACUGACUCCACGUUGUCAAAUCAGAAGAUUUCCCACAAGCUCACUUUUAGCAGGGCAUGAGUUUGGUUGGUUCGUGUGGGAUACGGCUGAUAAUUCAUUCAUAGGUCACUUAUUUUAAAAGAUGUACGGCGUUCAUCAAACACUAGCGUUUCACGUUUUGAUGAUUGAAACUGAUGUCUUUCUUAAAUGCAGUUUAAAAAAUAAUAGUGGCACAUCACAAAUGUGGGAUGAAAUCAUUUUAAGGGUGAUGUGUAUUAUAUUGUAUCAAGAGAGGAAACUAUGUACAGAAGAAAAAAAAAUCACUGUGAAAAUGUACAGUGAGAAGAGCAAUCUGUAAAAAUUGUAAAAGGAAAUGUGCAGGGAUACAGCGUACUAUAUGUUCAGGUUUGGGUAUAUAUUAAUCUCUGCUGACAGCUUUUUGUCUGAUACACAUCACAUCAGCUGGCGGGAUGAAUAUGCUUGUAGGUCAGCGGUUUAUCAUCAUUCUGCUCUGUUAGAUCUGAACACACGAUAGACUCGAUGCUCGAAUAAAUCCAAUACUCAGCCAA